AUGGGGAUUAUCUACUCUCAUUGUGUUGUCAUAAAAACAGAAGGGGCAAUUACCACGUAUCAAGUUAAUGACCAAAGGGUAGUUGAAGACGACAUCAAGAAGUCAACUUUGCAGGCGUACUUCAAUGAAGAUGAGUGUAAGGCCAAGUGCAUGUGUGGACUAUUUGAGAUGAGAGGGAUUAUAUGUAGGCACAUUCUUUCAAUUUUUGCAGCAAGGGAUGUCCAAGUGUUGCCGGAAAAUUACGAUGACUUGAGUGGUAAACCAGCUGCUAGUCGAUACUCUGGUUUGAUAAAAUUAUGUUACCAAGUAGCUACAAAUGCAUGUGAAAACGAAGAUAAUUCUCUGGACAUGACACAGAAGUUGAAGGCAAUGAAUGACAUUUACACUAAAUCGAAGCCCCAGGCCACAGUUGCAAGCACUCAUGCUUCCAUUGAUGCCGAAACUGGAAGUUCGAAGAAAGUGUUGAGCCCUCGUGUUGUUAGAGGCAAGGGCAGGCCCCCAUCAAAGAGGAGACAACCUACAAUAGAGAAGUUACAAACCAAAAAUAAAAAAGCUGGUGGCAAGCGACAAAGAAAGAAUCCCCAAUCACGGAUGGAAGACGUAUUAAACCCCACAGAAUCGGUAGUACUGCACGACACACCAGAAGCUGUUGUUUCGCAGUUGCCUGGUACACAACAAAGCGUUAUUUCUCAGGUGAACUUCGCAUGCCCUGGCCCUCUCGAUGAUUUAUGA